AUGAGCAGCGUUCAAGUAUUUACACCGCUACUGCCCUACGUUGGCCGUUUGCCGGGUGAACUGCGGUAUGGCUCACGGAUUAAGUUGAAAGGGCACUUUCGCGAACCACAGAACACGCUGCACAUCAUACUACAGAAGGAAGCACUCCUGAAUCCACACGAGGACGUACCGCUGUACAUCACAAUUCAUCCCGGGCGGAAGGAGAUCGUUCGCAACCAUCUCUGUAUCGGUUGCACUACCGAUGGUGCAGAAGAACGUGCCCCCAACUGUCCGAUCGAGUGCGGGCAGGACUUUGAACUGACCAUUGUGCCCACCACCAGCGGGUACGAAAUUGUGCUACAUGGAACCCCUUUCCACACCUUCGGCUACCGUGUGCCGCUUGCGUCGGCUCGCUAUCUGUUCAUCUCGAGCGGUUGUAUUAUUUUUGCAAUUCACUACGAAAAUUGGAACGUAACCACCAGCGAGCAACCGCAUCGAGCGCAGCAGCCAACAGCGCCCCCAUUUCAACUGCCCGCGGGACUAUACCCGACAUUGGAGCAGCCUUUCCAACAACAUCAGCAAAUCCAGCACCCACGAGCAGCUCAACAGCACCACCUAGUAGGCUAUCAGCACCAGCAACACCAGCCCGCCAACAUAGGGGAGGUUAUACUGCAAGUGCUACCACUAGUACAGCUUGCUGCGUCUCAGCUGCAGGCGAAUAGUAACGCUCGUAGUACAAUCGCCGGGAACGCUGGACUCCUGUUGGGCAUCGAAAGUCUUUCGCACCUCUUGCCGUUGUUUCAGGUGGAUCGUAAGCAAGCGGCAAAGGCAAGAAGGAUCAAUCGUUGCUUGUUCUGGAGGUCUUGUUUUAGCCGGAUGUCCAAAUGUGAAGCUAUGCCAGCAGCUAUUUUGGCCUGUUCAAUUGGUAUGAUGAGAGUAUUGCGUUUUCUGGUUAUAGCUGCUGUUUUCGGUUACAUUGGCUAUGUUUUUUCACGUAACACAUAA